CUCCAGCGUCUGAAGCGCUCCCUCUCCUUUAAGACCCUGAUGCGCAGUAAGAGUGUGGAGAACUUCUUCCAGAGGUCCUACAGCGACGCCCGUCUCCCCCCAGACUUCAUCACCGACCCACCACCCCCCUCCCCGCCCCCUGGCUCUCCCCUCGCCAGUGAACGCUCACCCUCCCUCUCUCCGUCACUCAGCCCUAACCCCUCCCUCUGCUCCCACUCUCCGUCUCUAAGCCCCUCCCCCUCGCUGUCCUCCAAGGCCCCGCCCCCGGCCCGCCCCUGACGCAGGUGACCCACUGCUUCCAGGAGCACGUUUUCCGCAAGCCCACCCACUGCCAGCUCUGCAAGCACCUGAUCGUGGGUAAGGUGCCUACUUUACUCCCAGGCCUCUCGACACUACCAACCUGGUUAGGCCUCAGUGUCUAUGUAGUGUUAGUUGCUUCAUUCAGCCAUUUAUCCGGGUUGCUUGAUCUUGUAUUUCUAGCUGGUCAGUAAUACUACUUUAUUAGGUCACUGCCACUAUCCAUUACACUAGAAUCCACUUGACUACUAAGUGAACAGACUUCAAAGGCAGCACUUGACUAGGUAGCUAAUGACUGGAAUAAUUAGUUGAAUUUACUCACAUAAUUUAAUUCCUAUUCAAUAGUAAUAACAAAGUAAUAUUGAUAACAGUGAAGCAAACAUUAGGUGGACUAUAAUUGGAAUUUAUGCAGGAGAAUAGCAGAGGUACCAUAGAAAUGGUAUUUCACUCCGCUCAUGUGUGUAUCCUUGGUUUUCGGACAUAAAACAUACAGUAUGGUUGGAUUGAGAAGCUGAGGGCAAGUCUAGUUAGUGUGUUCACGUGCCCUUGAUUUGAUAUGCUGCUGCGUGUGUAGAGGUCCCUUAACAUUCUCAUACUCUUUUCCUCUUUGCUAAAUCUACUUCCUGUCACCAUGAUUGAUUGCAAAAGCUAUUAGUGCUUGUGUUUGCUUACAUCAUCGUUUUUUCUUCAACGCACCAGCUGAUCCAGCUGUCCUGUAGCCUGCCUCAUCGCUCCCAGUCUCUCCUCUCUCUCCCCAGUCUCUCUGUCGCUCUGUCUCUCCUCUUCUCUCCAGAUUAAGAUAGUCUUCUGUCGAAAGAUAGAAGUACAGUCUCUAUCUCUACCAGUUCUAGUCUCUCCUAUCUUCAAUCUCUACUCUAUCACAGUAUCUUCUCUCCAGUCUUCCUCUCUCUCCCAGUCUCUCCUCUCUCUCUCGCCUCUCUCUCCCAGUCUCUCCUCUCUCUCCCAGUCUCUCCUCUCUCUCCCAGUCUUCUCCUUUCUCGUCUCAUUCUCUCCAGUCUCUUCUCUCUCUCUCUCAGCUCUCUCUCUCUCACAGUCUCUCCUCCUCUCCUCUCCCAGUCUCUCCUCUCUCUCCAAGGUCGUCCUCGCUUCUCCUCCCAGGUCUCUCUCUCUCCAGUUCUCUCCCUCUCUCUCCUCCCAAGUCUCCUCUCUCUCUUCUCUCUCCCAGUCUCCUCUCUCUCCCAGUCUCCUCUCUCUCCCAGUCUCAUCUCUCUCUCCCAGUCUCUCCUCUCUCUCCCAGUCUCUCCUCUCUCUAUCCCAGUCUCUCCUCUCUCUCCCAGUAUGUCCUCUCUCACUCCAACUCUCCACUCUCUCCCAGUCUCCCAGUCUCGAGUCUCUCCUCUCGCUCUCCCAGUCUCUCCUCUCUCUCUCCAUCUCUCCUCUCUCUCCGUCUCUCCUCUCUUUCCCAGUCUCUCCCAGUUUCUCCUCUCUCUCUCCCAGUCGCUUCCCUCUCUCCCAGUCUCUCCUCUCUCUCCCACUCUCCUCUCUCUCCCAGUCUAUCCUCUCUCUCUCCCAGUCUCUCCUCUCUCUCCCAGUCUCCUAGUGCAGUUUGUAACUGAGCUAGAGCAAAUAGAAGAUUCAGUUCAAUUAAUGUUUUUUUGGUUUGUGUUUCCACGUCUUUGUCAUGGAUUGGUAAUCAUAGGGCUCUAGACUAAAUCCUUCUAAACAAUAUGUUUGGCACCAGUGAAUAAGUAAACCUUUAACUGGAAAUAAAUUGUUUGGAUGACUCAACAAUGCAGCUGAAUGUCUUAGGGAUUAUCUUCUCUCUCUCCAACAUAUAAAAGAAAAACGCAAAGCUAAUUAUAUCAAGAAAAAGGACAAAGAACAUUUAUCCACUCUAACUACGCUUGUUUCUAAGACAGUGCUUGAUAAGAAUUGGUGUGACUAAAAAACAAAUAGAACCCAAAUGCCUCCAGCUGGUUGUGAGUCUCUCCAUGUUUUGAGAAGGACCGUUGAUGAUGCACUGCUUAGUUCAGCAGGCAGUGCCAGCACAAUAGAAAUAGGGCAGUGCUUGAUCAACCCUCUCUGGGUGACUGAGAUGAGAUUUACAUCAAACAGGAACCUGCUCUGAUCACAUGCCAACCUUAUUUAUUACUACAUUCUGUCUCUUCCUCACAGGUGUCUGUCCUUGUUUUAACUCUCCUCUUUCCUCUUUUCUUUUUACCUCUCUAUCUCUCUACACCAAACCUCUCUCUCUCUCUCUAACCCCCACACUCUCUCUCUCUCUCUCUCUCUCUCUCUCUCUCUCUCUCUCUCUCUCUCUCUCUCUCUCUCCUCUCUCUCUCUCUCUCUCUCUCUCUCUCUCUGUCUGUAGGUAACUCUAAACAGGGUCUUCGGUGUAAAACCUGUAAGAUGGGCGCUCACCUGUGGUGCACCUCAGAAUUGUCCCAGCAGCCAUGCAAUGGAAAGGUAUGUCCGUCCGUCCGUCCGCCCCCCCCCCCCCCCCCCCCCUUCCCACUGCCCCUUCCCCACACACACUCCCCCUGCAGUACUGGCCCCAAGGCUGAGUUAGUGCUUCUCAAGGUCCUGCCCAUGUAUGCAGUAAAAAAGUGCUAACAGUAUGGGUACAUAUAAGGAAUGGGCAGUGAGUAUGCACCUGUGUUUUUGUGUGUGUGCGUGCGUAUGCAUUUGUGCGUACGCGUACAGCUGUGUGUGCAUAGAUACUGCUGAUGCUGGAUUUUGUCCAUCUUCUCCAAGUCAUUAAGGUUUCGAGGCUGACGUCUGGCAACUCGAACCUUCAGCUCCCUCCACAGAUUUUCUAUGGGAUUAAGGUCUAGAGACUGGCUAGGCCACUCCAGGACCUUAAUGUGCUUCUUCUUGAGCCACUCCUUUGUUGACUUGGCCGUGUGUUUUGGGUCAUUGUUAUGCUGGAAUACCCAUCCACAACCUAUUUUCAAUGCCCUGGCUGAGGGAAGGAGGUUCUCACCCAUGAUUUGACGGUACAUGGCCCCGUCCAUCGUCCCUUUGAUGCGUUGAAGUUGUCCUGUCCCCUUAGCAGAAAAACACCCCCAAAGCAUAAUGUUUCCACCUCCAUGUUUGACGGUGGGGAUGGUGUUCUUGGAGUCAUAGGCAGCAUUCCUCCUCCUCCAAACACGGCGAGUUGAGUUGAUGCCAAAGAGCUCCAUUUUGGUCUCAUCUGACCACAACACUUUCACCCAGUUCUCCUCUGAAUCAUUCAGAUUUUCAUUGGCAAACUUCAGACGGGCCUGUAUAUGUGCUUUCUUGAGCAGGGGGACCUUGCGGGCGCUGCAGGAUUUCAGUCCUUCACGGCAUAGUGUGUUACCAAUUGUUUUCUUGGUGACUAUGGUCCCAGCUGCCUUGAGAUCAUUGACAAGAUCCUCCCGUGUAGUUCUGGGCUGAUUCCUCACCGUUCUCAUGAUCAUUGCAACUCCACGAGGUGAGAUCUUGCAUGGAGCCCCAGGCCGAGGGAGAUUGACAGUUAUUUUGUGUUUCUUCCAUUUGCGAAUAAUCGCACCAACUGUUGUCACCUUCUCACCAAGCUGCUUGGCGAUGGUCUUGUAGCCCAUUCCAGCCUUGUGUAGGUCUACAAUCUUGUCCCUGACAUCCUUGGAGAGCUCUUUGGUCUUGGCCAUGGUGGAGAGUUUGGAAUCUGAUUGAUUGAUUGCUUCUGUGGACAGGUGUCUUUUAUACAGGUAACAAGCUGAGAUUAGGAGCACUCCCUUUAAGAGUGUGCUCCUAAUCUCAGCUCGUUACCUGUAUAAAAGACACCUGGGAGCCAGAAAUCUCUCUGAUUGAGAGGGGGUCAAAUACUUAUUUCCCUAAUUAAAAUGCAAAUCAAUUUAUAACAUUUUUGACAUGCGUUUUUCUGGAGUUUUUUGUUGUUAUUCUGUCUCUCACUGUUCAAAUAAACCUACCAUUAAAAUUAUAGACUGAGCAUUUCUUUGUCAGUGGGCAAACGUACAAAAUCAGGAGGGGAUCAAAUACCUUUUCCCUCACUGUAGAUGCCAUUGGUAUGUAGGGGAAGUCAGGUCCCUGAACAACAUUGUUUGAAAUUCACUGAGAAAUUCAGGAGCUGUUGAAUGGAGAAUAAAAUACUGUACUGAGAAGUUGAGAGGGAGUGUGUGAGAGAGGGAGGGAGGGAGAGAGAGAUAUGGAAGGAUUAUCUACGAUGAGCCAGAAUAUCUUUGAAAGGAACAAAGAAACGCCAUUCAUCCCUGUUACUUUGCCCCUGUAUAAUGACAGUGCUAAUAGCUCAUCUCAAUGUCAGCACACAGGGAAAUCAAUAUCUCCAUUGAAACAGUCCCUGUGCCUAAUUCAGUGUGAAACUGUUUGUGUGUUCUGUGUGCAGUUGUGAUAGUGUAGGUAGGCUGUGUGCUUGUGUGUGUGUGUGUGUGUGUGUGUGUGUGUGUGUGUGCGUGCGUGUGUGGGUUGCGCGUGUUGAGACCCCUGCAGCAGGUUUAAUUGAUUUACAAUUAAGCCAGAGAAAACACAGUGACGUUAGCAAUCUUGUUUCUUUCAAGAUACUCAUGUAUUGACUUUUGGCAGACAGUUGCUGCUAAGUCCGCCCUAUCUCAUCCUCUCUCUCUACUUCAAUUACUGUAAUGUAAUUCCAUAAAUUAGCUGAAUAAAAAAACCAGCAACACAGGCUAUAAAAAUGAAUGAAUUUAAACAGAAAAUCCUGAUUAUUAUCCCUCCUCUGUGUGUGUUAGUCUGGGGUCGGGGCAUUCAAACGGAACUUCAGCUCUCCCAUGCUGGUCAACGAACAACUGGCUGUCGUCAAAGAGGUGCAGCCCACCCAAGGUGAGCAUGCCCGGUAAAGAAAGUGUGUGUGGAUUUGUGUAUCUGCAUCCAGGUGUGGGGUGUCGUGCAUGAAUACAUUUGUGUAUUCUGCACAUUUACAUUUACAUUUUAGUCAUUUAGCAGACGCUCUUAUCCAGAGCAACUUACAUGAGCAAUUAGGGUUAAGUGCCUUGCUCAAGGGCACAUCGACAGAUUUUUCACCUAGUCGGCGCGGGGAUUAGAACCAGCGACCUUUCGGUUACUGGCACAACGCUCUUAACCACCAAGCUACCUGCCGCCCCACAUGUCCAUCUGCAUGUGUGUGUCCCAUCCUAGCACCCCGAGGAAGUGGAUGUGAUUAUUGUCCUUCACCCUAUAGAAUAGAUCCAUAUGAAUAAGGGUCAGCUCUCAUUCCACCUGCUGUCCCUUCCUUCUUUCCUUGUUUCCUUCCUCCAGCCAUCCAUCCGUGUUCAGUUAACCUGCCCCCUCACUUCCACCACCAUAACCCCAGGUCUGUCACUGACGUCUGGGCUUCUGACCAAAAAUGGGACCCUAUCCCCUUGGCACUGUCAAAAGUAGUGCACUAUAAAGGGAAUAGGGUGCCAUUUGGGACACAACCUUGGGUCUGGUUCUGAGCCAAGGCAGGCUGGGAAUAUCACCUGUCAUCACACACAUCAGGUCAGACAGAACAGCCCAUCUGGCUUCCAUUACAGUGACUGUUGAGCAGGGAAAUGACUGGUUUAGUUUUAGUUAAUUCUAGGUUUAAAUUGAUGGAGCUCUACCUGGAAUAGAGAACCAGUCCCAACUCGCUCUGACUGAAACUCUGAAAAAACAUGAACUCAAUACAGCCUCCACCACUAAUGCUUCAAUUUCAUCUCACAAAACAUUGAAACGACAAUGUACUUCCUGAAAAUACCAAUGUACAAACUUGUAAAGAGCCUACUGGUGCCCCUCUGUCAGAUCUUAAGUAUGUCACUGUCUGUCUGGGACUGUGUCAUUAAAGCUAUAUUUAGAGCUCUGGACAGGGCCUCCCUUAAUGGCAGUUAUGAUGGCAGUUAUACGUAUGAUCCCAAUCUGUGAUGCUGCUUCUAAGAGGUUGUGUGUGUGUGUGUGCCUGCUUGCACUCGUGUGUGUCUGUGCGUGUGUCCCUGUAAAGGUUUUAAUAUAUGUGAUUUUUCAGGGGCAGGCCGGGGGCGUGGUGUGGACCCUAUUUACGCAGCCCUGCGCUAUGGGACGUCCCUGGCCCAGAUGAGCCGCUCCAGUUUUGGGAGCAUGUCCGAGUCGCCCACGCACAGCCAGGUAUGACGUCACCACCUGUACCAUGGGGACACAGCCUGUUAAUUAGUGACUCUAUAGAUGGUGGCUUCAUCUUCAUGUGACCCUGUAUCGAUCUUCACAUGUUCCAUCACCUGCAUGUGAGCCUAUUUAUUUUGUUCUGUUGUGGUUCCGUACAACAGGAAGGCUGAUAAAAAAUAAAAAUAAAUGAUUAACCCUUAUUUUACCAGGUAAGUUGACUGAGAACAGAUUCUCAGGCUCUGAGUCAUAGAGAUAUACUGUAGCUGAGAAUUAUAGUUUAAGGGAGGGAGAAUGGCUGGUAUAUGUUUAUGACAGAGAAAACUACAGAAACACAUUGUACAUCCUGAAUAAUUGAAAAGAACAGGGUUUAGUGUUUUACUCGAUGUGUCCCGAGUUUGUCCUCUCUCACACUGUUCCAUCUUUUCCUCUAUGAUUUGUUUUCUUAAAAUCCUCUCUUUUUUUAUUAUCUGUUUCUCAGGGGGAAGGAGGAGAGGAGGGGGGGCAGAGGCAGUACAGCAUGGAGGAGGAGAUGCCACAGGAGACGGGGGGUAAGAACGUGUGUGUGUGUGUGUUUGCAUGCAUGUGUGUGCCCUCAUGUAUUUGUGUGUGUGUGUGUCUUGAGAAUGUACAUGCUUGCUUGUGUGUGGUGACGUGUCCUGUCUGACCUGAUCGUUCAGGCUGAGUGACCCAUCUCCUCUGUCUGUCAGAUCUGCCUCAGUGUGAAAACGAGAAGACUGAACCGGAGGAUGGGGGCAGUGAGCAGCUCCAGGAGCCUGUGGAGGAAACCAGUGUGAAGGUAGACACACACAGUCCUUUUCCGGCUAGCUGACCUUAUGUUCAGAGACGCUAUAUUUAACUGAAACAUUUCCGUCUGUAUUCCUUCUCCCUGUCUGCCUCCAUCCAGGUGCCCAAGCGUAUUGAGGUUCACUCUAUCCACACUUAUGUAGCGCUCUACAAGUUCCUGCCUCAGGAGCACAACGACCUCGGACUAGAGUGAGUGAACGAAUGGGGUCUGUUUGUGUGUUUGUGGGUUUGUGUGUGCCCUUCAGUGCAUGUGUGUCCUUCCCAGUAUUUUACUGCAUCUGUCAUUUCUUCAAGAUUAAAACGUCCUUACCAUCUGUAGAAGGGACAAUGUGAAGGAACCCUUAAGGAGGUGCAGCCUGCUAAUUAUAAAACACAACGACCAUCACCGCCCACAAAUACACACAGCCCGCUUUGGGGGGAUGAAUAAAGACACUGAAAAUGAAUUAGAGAUGAAAGCAUGAGGAGAAAUAUGGAGGGACUCGAUAGAGAGAACAGCUUGAAACAGACAUGAGCACAGGGGGAGAGGAAAGAACAGCGUGGUGGGGGAAGGGAGAGAUGAAAGAGAAGCAAAGAAUGUCAGCAGAACAGAGAAGAGGGUAGAAGGGAGUGAGAGGAAGAGGAGGAAGGAAAGGGAUGAGGGAGGAAAGAUAGGAGUAUAAAGAUCAGGAUGUGUGUUAGGGAGAGGAGAAGAGCUGUGGGUGCAGGUAAAAAAGAGGUACAUCGCCAUGGGGAUGGUUCACAGCCAUCUGGUGUCUCACGUGUGUGUGUGUGUGUGUGUGUGUGUGUGUGUGUGUGUGUGUGUGUGUGUGUGAGAGAGACAGGCCAGGACGAUCAAAUAGGGCAGCAGGGAGAGCAGAGCAGACACCCAAGGGACUGCAUAUAGAGAAUUUGUGUAAUGGGGACAGUACAGUAGCUCUGUGUAUAUAGGACAGUACAGUACACUAGCUCUGUAUAUAGGACAGUGGAUACUGGAUAGUCUGUGUACAUCAGUCUGAUUAAUGUUUAUGCGUUUGUGAGUGGUUGUGUGCUUGUUGUCACGAACCGGCUCAAGUUCGUAACAAAAGGGAGACACGUGGAGACAAGGAAUACUCAAAGUAUAUAUUUAUUAACUAAAGUAAACUAAAUCAAAUAACAAUGGUGUGUGUAAUCAGUAAUCAGUAGUGUAAGUGAGUGUUUGCAUGCAUAAAUGUAAUAUGGAAAGGUGUUGAAAGGUGCCAAAGCAACAACCAAAAAGCCACAAAAAUACCACAACCAAAGUCAAAGUAUCUGCCUGGAGAGAGUCUCCCCCAUGAAUGUGGAAGAGGUCCAUUUAUGCUGGGACACACCCAGCCCAGGUGUUUCCCAUGUAGCUGACGACCCUCCCAACUCCGCCCACCGGCAUCCUAAUAAGGAAACAAGAGCAAAGAGAGAAUACGGCAGACAGAGUGGGAGGUCGUCACACCCCCCUCCCCCAUAAAACCGGGGACCAACAAGGACCCCGGAACCAACGUACCAGCCCCUGCGUCCCAAACCGACAAAUUGUACAUGUUCACACCUCCACUUGCCCCAACCAUCAUCCUCCUCCCCAGACCUCAGCAUCCUUUACACACAGGAAGCAACCUUUAAUAGGAAAGAAGAACACAAGACUAGGAAGGGACAAACAGGAAAGAUAGAACAUGACAAAACCAAACAAUGGUCAGUCACAUCAAUAUUCAGGAACAGGGCGCACGAGAGAGCGCAUCAGCAAUUACGUUAUCAGUCCCCCGGAUGUGCCGCUCAUCUAGAUGGAAGGAUUGUAAAAAUAAAUACCAUCUCAUUAUCCUCUGAUUAGGACACCUCAUGGACCUCAAAAAGGUGAGAGGGUUAUGGUCGGUGUAGACCACAAUAGGUAUUACUCCCGACCCGACAUACACUUCAAAGUGUUGUAGCGCCCAUAUGAGUGCUAAUGCUUAUUUUUCAAUGACCGAAUAGUUCAGCUGAUAAUGGUUAAACUUUUUGGAAAAGAAACUAACAGGCCUCUCAACCCCAGCCACAUCUGCUUGCAGCAAAACUGCACCUGCCCCCACAUGACUAGCAUCCACCUGCAAGGUAAAUGACAAAUCCACACGAGGAGCAGCCAGUACCGGAGUUGAGGUUAAGCAACCUCUUUGCAUCUUCAAAAGCCUGUUGACAACGAGAAGACCAUACGUACACAGCCUUAGCUUUCAGCAAAUCUGUCAAGGGAGCGACCACAGUAGAGAAGUUCCUACAAAAACCACGAUAAUACCCAAUCAUUCCCAAGAAACGCAUCAGUUCCUUUUUAGUAGUUGGUGGUGGAAAAGCUUCAAUAGCUACCACUUCAGCACGAACAGGACGCACUUCACCCUGCCCAACCACCUUUCCAAGGUAUGUAACAGUCGCCUGAGCAAACUCACAUUUAGCCAAAUUUAUCGUGAGGCGACCCGCAGCCAGACGUCCGAACAAGGCUUGAAUACGGGACAGAUGUUCCUCCCAAGUAUCUGCAUAUAUCACUACAUCGUCCAGAUAAACAGCGCACCCGGCCAGACCAGAGACAACCCUGUUCAUAAGUCGCUGAAAAGUGGCAGGCGCAUUACGCAGGCCGAAACUCAUAACCGAAUACGAGUACAGACCAAAAGGUGUAAUAAAGGCAGAGAUUUCACGUGCCCUACUCGUCAGUGGCACCUGCCAAUAGCCCUUUAACAGGUCAAAUUUGCUCACAAACUUAGCUGCGCCGACUUGAUCAACGCAUUCCUCCAUCCGAGGAAGAGGAAAUGAAUCUGGCUUAGUGACAUCGUUUACCUUAUGGUAGUCCAUACAAAAUCUGUUUGUUCCAUCCGAUUUACUGACCAAGAUACAGGGAGAAGCCCAACUGGAGAAAGAAGGCUCUGCUAUUUUACUCUCCAGCAUGUACCUGACCUCAGCAUCCAGACAACGCAGUUUCUCUGAAGAAACUCUAUAGAACUGUUGACGAAUGGGGUCAGCAUCUCCAAUGUCAAUAUCAUGUUCUAUUAAGUUUGUACGUGUAGGUGUAUCAGAAAACAACCCUGGAAAUCUCCGAAUCAGAGCAACCAUCUCUUUCCGCACAUCAACAGGUAGAUGAGUAAGAAGGCUAUCUAAAAUCUCCAGUGUCUCUGAAUUUUUCAAUCUACCCUGCAGUAUGCAAUCGUCGGGACCAGGAACAUCUUCCUGCUCCUGCACAGACCUAGCAUGACCAGAACCCAGGGAAUAAACAGUAUCAGCCAAAAGAACAGCCUUACCAUCCUCUGUAGACUCCCACUGUUCAGUCUCAGAGGAACGUGCAUAAUAGGGUUUUAACAAAUUGACAUGGCACAGUUGGUGUUCUGGAGUGGCAACUAGAUCAUUUUGCUCAGUGUACUGGCACACCACUGUAUAUGGACCUUGAAACUUGGCUUGAAAAGGAGAACCAACAAUUGGCAGCAGAGCCAGAACCUGAUCACCUGGACUAAAGUGACGAGGCUCAGCUCGUCGAUCAUAUAUGCUCUUCAUCCUGUCCUGUGAAGAUGAUAGCUUCUCUUUAGCCAUUUCACCCCCCCAAAAAAUCAUGAUAAUAAUGUUUUUUCUUUAAAUGGUUAUGACGGUUAUUUUAUUUUCAUGUCGCUCUUCAUCCUUAAACGUCGGUUACACGCUUAUACGGUCAUUGUGCCAGCUGUAUGUUGUGCAUGCAUGUCUGCGUGUGCGUUUGGUUUUCUUUAUGGUCUGUGAGUUGUGAGUUAUUCUGUAUGUAUAAAGUGUGUGUGUGUGUGUGUGUUUGCACAGGUAUGUGCGUGCAUACAUACGUGGGUGCGUGCGUCCAGGCAUGCGUGUGUCUGUAUGAGAGAGAAAGAUGGAGAGGUAGCAAGACAGAGUUACUGUUUUUCAGACACCGUGCUUACAACCAAGAUACCUAUAUGUACUGUAUGGACUGCAAUACCCCCAGCUAUGACAAUACAGUUAUGACUACAUUUAUUGCAGAAAAUAAAAAUAUAUUUCUCUCCAGUAUAAUUAUGUUUGUCAUUGCUGGACUGUUAGCGGCUGCAGUAUCAUUGCCAAUAAAUAGCAAGGGCAAAUAAUUUUUAUAGUAGGUGCCAAUGAUUGGAACUAUUACUCCAGUUACACAUCCAAAGAUUGGUGCUAUUUUAAACAUUGUGUGUAGGCAUCAAAGUCACCUGUUCCUUACCUACAUUUUAUUCAUUUAGCAGACGCUCUUAUCCAGAGCAAUUAGGGUUAAGUGCCUUAAUCAAGGGCACUUCGACAGAUUUUUCACUUAGUCGGCUCUGGGGACUCGAACCAAUGACGUUUCAGUUACUGGCCCAACGCUCUUAACCGCUAGGAUACCUGCCGCCACCUCUAUGAGUCAUGGGAGGGGAGUUAAUCCCCAAGUGAGUACAGUACUCAGUCUAUAGUCCCUAUACUCUGUGGUCACAUUUGUUUGAAAUCCUGCACACACUCUCCCUAUAUGGUUCUCUUCUCUUUUUUCAAUGCUGGCUUUCAUGUACUCUCUCCCCUGCUUUUUCUCCCUCCCCCCCCCCCCCCCUUCCCUUAUCUUCCUCUCUUUCUUUCUCUCUCUCAGGCCUGGUGAUCGGGUGCUGGUCACUGAUGAUUCUAAUGAAGAGUGGUGGAAGGUGGGCAAUUAAUAAUCUACACCACUGUAAAUGUUUUUGGCCUCUCCUAAACAUCCAGGCAGUCAGAAAUAGAAACAUGAUUUCCUCAGAAAAUCACUUUAAGAGGGAAACAUAGUUACAUUCAUUAUCGUUGUGACCUGAAAGAGCUUUUUAUUCAGUUGGUAAUGAGCUUCAGUCACUCUCAAUGUUCUGGAUCUGGUUGCUUUCAGUCUCUGUCAGAGAGGUGCAAGGCUCAGUAAUAACCCUUCAGUGCCUAAUACUCAGCUUAGAGCACAGAACACUGGUACAGAAACACAUACACUCACUUCACAACAAUACUAAAACACUAAAAAUCAUACACAUCCAGGCAAAGUAAAUUAGAACAUAAUUGUGAACACCCAACUCCAAACAAGUAUUUGUCACCAUGGAUACAGAACUGUAUUUAUUUAUUUGAGAAUAUGUCAUAUUUACUCUACGUGUCAUAUGUGUGACAGGGGAAGAGUGGAGACAAGGUGGGCUUCUUCCCUGCUAACUUCGUCCAGAGGGUGCGCCCAGGGGAGAGGGUGUGGAGGGUCACCCAGCCUGUCUCUGCCAGCCGAGGGAUGGGCCACAUGCCAGUGAAGGAGGAUCAGGUGAGACAUUCAUUUUGUCUCAUCUUUCUUACUUUGCCCUGUAGUUGUGCCAAAACCAUAAAUGUCUUGUCUGCUUCCACUGCUUUUCUAUUUGAACCUUCCUAAACAACCUUGUCUCUUUUUACCUCUCUCUCUCCCUCCCCCCUCCUCUUCCUCUCUCUCUCUCUCUCUCUCUCUCCACCCCCCCCCCCCUCUCUCCCCCUCUCUGAACCCCUCUCUCUCUCUCUCUCCCUCUCUGUCAGAUCUGUGUGGGGAAGAGUGAGGACAGUGAGGGUUUCCUGAAGCUGAGCAGUGGGAAAAAGAGAGGACUGGUCCCUGCUGAAUCCAUUGAGGAGAUCUAA